AAGUCUCGCGAGAUGUCAAGCGGAAGAUGGCAGGUGGGUCUUCCUUGUCGGACGAUACUCUCAGCUGCCGUUGGACCUGUGUGUUGGAGCAGGGCAGCGUCGCUUCUGAAACACGGAAGGGAAUAAUUGUUCUUAAACCCUAAAGUACUCAGCUUUACUUGUGUUACCGCAUGUUUCUGUUGAAGAACUUGAAGUGUUCAUGUUGUGCGACUCACUGUUGUUGUGUAAUCUUCCACUGGCAUUUUUGCCAGCGACAAAUUACAUUAAUUUCCAAAGGUUCGUCGAAAGCUGCACCCUGAUCUGUGCAUUCGUUUAUUUAAAAGAUGACAGGAGAAAAGAUUCGAUCCCUUCGUAAGGACCACAAACCGAGCAAGGAUGAGGAUUUACUGGAACCAGACGAGGAAGCUGCAACUGGGACAUUCACAUCAUCAACCAGGACUAUUAGUGGCAAAGGGAAAGCUAACAAGAUGUUCAGCAAUCACAAGAUAAUCAAGUCUACACCGACACAACAGCAAAAUAAUCAACAUCAAACGCAAGUCAAUGCCAACACUAAUACAAUCGCAACCUCAGACACUAUCGAUGAUACAAAUAAAAACCCCAUCAUUCGAGCCGGUCAAGACUUCCCAGUCCAUGAAUGUGUGUUCAAAGGAGAUGUACGGCGAUUAUCUUCACUCAUUCGAACUCAAAAUAUAGCCCAGAAGGAUGUGCACGGGAAUACGCCACUGCAUCUCGCAGUAAUGAUGGGUCACAAAGAGUGUGCCCAUCUGCUCCUGGCUCAUAAUGCCCCUGUAAAGGUGAAGAAUGCUCAGGGCUGGAGCCCCCUCGCAGAAGCCAUCAGCUAUGGAGAUCGACAGAUGAGUAAGUGUCGCUGUCUCUGUCUCUCUCUUUCUUUCUCUCUCUUUCUCU